CUAGGGCAUCCGUUGGAACCCUGACAGCGUGCAGAGUCAUCUGGGCCAAAGGAAGAUGUUUCCUCGUGGUCCUUCAGAGGACCUGCAUGACUUUCUUGCUCAGUAGGUUGUCAUCUUGGAUCCAGGAAAACCCAUGUUUCAUUUUAGUCACAUCCUUAACUUUAUGCACAUUGGAGAGAGGAAUCCUUUGGGCCUCCUGGGUCUUCAGAGUCCUGGUGUCUCAUGCUUUCUAAGAUGUUUCUCUCUCUUGGCCUUGGCUUCGCUGUCUCCUUGUUUUAUUGGUAUUGCUGUGAGAAAUGCAUGCUUGGUGUCAUCUAUCCGGAGCUGGGCUGUGUCUUAUUUUGUGUUGAAAGCACUUAGAACCCCAGCAAAACACUAGUGUAGUUUUGUGGUGUAAGCCACAGAGCCCCUGCCUCAGUCUUAAUUUGUGUGUGGCCUUUGCCAAAAGGAACAUAUUGUAGCCACAUCUCUGUAGGCUUCAGGCUGUCCUUAAGAGCCUCCGCUCCCAGCUGGGAGAUAAUGUGGAGUUGUCACUCAUCACACACCCAUCAGCUCCUUCUGGCUUUCUCUGACCAUUGGGAGGUUGGUAGAUUUCUCCAGAGGGAUCCCAUCCCUGAACGGCCAAUUGUGGUUCCUUCUGACAGGCCUCAGCCAUAUCGCGCUCUGAAGGAAUCCGACAGUGGUGAUGGAGAAGAAGGCAUCAGUCCUGAGAGAUUCCAGGAUGACCACCAGGUUGACCCAACCACUCCAGAAAGCCCUGCAGAUAUUAGUCUUCUGGAAGACAUUUUCACAGGACUGGAGGUGACGUCGCAACCACAGCCUCUCAGCCAAGCCAGGAGCUUGGAAGAUCUGAGGAUUUCCAAAGAGGAAGAAGACCAACAAUGCUCCUUUGAUUAUCAGCGGAUGGACCUUGGUUUUGUUGAAAAGAGCUGGACCACCCCAGGGAUGAAGCUUUCUCACCCCUAUAAGCAGUUCUGGGGCUUAGGCCACGACGACAUGGCCCUUUCCACCAAAUACUCCCCCAAAUCUCCCGAGAGACCCCUGAGAAACGUGCCCCCUGUUCCAAGGAAGCCUCCCAGCAGAGAUGUCAUUCUGGACCUUCCCGAGAAGGACGUUGGAAGUUCUCCCGCUGCCCAAGGGAACAUCACCAUCCCGCGACCCCAGGGGAGGAAGACGCCCGAGCUGGGCAUCGUCCCACCACCGCCUCCACCCCGGCUUUCCAAGCAGCAGGCGCCCCCAGAAGCUACCCCCUGCCUCGCAGAGCCUGGCCACCUGGCCUCAGAGCUCCUGCAGGAAACCUUUGCAGCCAGAAAUGUCCCUCUGGACCGGCAGGUGGCUAGUUUUGCUCCUCCCCAAGUCCAGCUUUCAUCCGCUGCCAUCCCUGAAGGAGGAGAACUGCUCCAACCAGUCAAGGUCAACGCAGAGGGCAUGAGCGGAGACAGCGACUCUCUCCUUGCUCUCCUGGAUCCGCUGAAGUCAGGGGAAGCUCAGGAUGCCCGCUUUCCAUCCGGCUCCAGGAGCCAGCUGGGUUCCUCAUCUCCCAGCCCUGCCGGCAGCUUCCCAUCCACAGAGGAAGACCUCAUGCCCUCCACAUCAGCACCGUUCCGUCAACUGCUGGGAUACCCUCCCUCGGUGACGCCGUUUGGGCCGCCGUCUCUCAACCCUUUCGUACAAACCGUGCCGAUGCCUCCGCCACUCACCCUGGUCAGGCCCCUGGGCGGCCCCUUUGGUCCUUCGUUAGGCCAUGCGUACAGUUCCAGUUACAUCACGUCCAACUCCAGCUUCUUCCAGCCCCAGAGGCCUCCCCUCAACCCUCUGACCCUCUCCAUGCCCAACCUCUUUGCCAAGUCUCCCUCCGCUCCACCGCCGGCUCAGCCUCCUUCCCAGAGUGGCGUCCUUCGACCGACGCAGCCCUCUGGCCCUUCUAAGAACCGGACAUUGCCUCUUACUCACACGGCGGUCAAGACGAGGCUGGUGGUGCGGCCCAGCAACCUCCCGCUCCUUCCCCCCAAGACCAAGGCUGGAGAACCUGCCUUGUGCCCUUCGAAGACUCAGCUGGCUAAAGACCCCUUUGAAGAUUUGUUAAAUAAAACCAAGCAGGAAGUGUCCGUCACGCCCGGUAAAGUCGAGCAGUUAAGAAGGCAGUGGGAAACAUUCGAGUGAGGCCCAUGAGCUCACAACGUCCUAGACUACUGGGUGUUGGGUCAAUAUAGUCUUUCCCCAAGUAAAGCAAGGUCAACCAGCUGGCACAGCUUCCUCCCUAUGAGGAGGAAGUCCUGGCUAAGCUUUGAAUAGGAGCCAGGAGACACACACACCCCUUUCACCUUUUCGCCUACCAAGGUCAUUGAGCUCCUUGGCGUUCUUCCACUUUUCCUCCAAAUAAGUAGACAGUUGACGAGAUCAAUCCUGGUCUCUUCUUGGCCAGCCUUGCCUCCCCAUAAUCAUGAACCUGUCACAAGCCCAGGUGAGCACUUGCUUCCAUACCGGAUGACAUUUUGAACCCAACCCCAAGUCACCUUGAUCACGAUCUGAACCUUUUUAGAUAUUUUUUUUUUGGGGUGGUGGGGUACCUUCUCCGACAUACAUGGGCUCAAGGCCCCAUGCGGUCCUCCAACUCCCUUCCCAGUCCCACCAAUCUCUGCACCCAACAUCCCUUGGCUCAGCCACCCCACCCCCCGUUUAACAUUCACGUGGUGGCACCACACCCGCUUUUCAGGGAAGCAGUGACACGUCUCUUCCUACCUAUCCACCGGUUGGCACUACCAGCAGUUGUUCCUUUUUUUUUUUGUAGAGCAACGACAUGCGAUUGUGGUGUCCCCAAGACCUCCUCUUAACUCUUAACUGUGUUGAUGUCCCAUGAACAUGUAUAUGUACAGUUACAAAAGUGUUACUCGGCGGCUUCCUUCCCCAGCCUGAUGGGAGGAGGAUGGAGGGGACCAUCUCUGGUCCAUGGAAGGUGUUGACGGGUGGCAGCCUCCACCUGCUGCAUGAUGGAACAGGGAUGACAGUGGUGUUGGUAGGACAGUGGUGAG